AUGCGGAAAAAGCCAUUCUCUGCUGAAGAACGUCUCAUAAAAUGGACAAAUUUUGCCAUUGCAAAUGGUGUUCUAAAAGAACUUCAUGUGCAAGGUUCUCGAUUGAAUUUCAUAGUAUAUUUCAAUAUUGAUGUGAUUACUGCUAUUGUUGCUGUUUUGUUCAUAUUUGUUCUAGUUUUAAUCGAACUUUGUCUCGGUGAAGUGGAUAUCGUCUCAUACCUAAACGAUCAUCCCGUUACCAUCAACGCAAGAGGGGAUCUUCAUUACCUCCAUUAG